AUGGCAGCAGUGUCGCUGCAUGGCGUGGAGACCGCAUUCGGCAAUCGGCGCGACGGCAUGACUCGCAGCCUGUCGCCCACGUGUGGCCACGCGCCCGCAUCGCCGCUGCGUCAGCGCCGUUUCAAUCUCAAGAAGCUGCGCGAACUCGCACGCAGCGACGAGUUUUCCGACAGCGAGAGUGACGGCGUGGACAGCGAAGAGAAGGAGAACGUCGACGGCGUCGCGGACGCUGUGGCCGGCACCGAGUUUGUGCCCUAUCGCUUCCCUUUGUCUCCGUGUCCGAUCGUAGUAGCGCGACGCCGGAAACAACAAAAGAAGAGCGACUACGAGACCGGCAGCAGCGCAAAAGGCGACGAGUGGGAAGUGAUUGACAAGUCGCCGACGUUCGAGAGCAUUGCGGAAGGCACGAUGGACUUGGGUGGAGAGAGCUGGUUCGUGCAGGAAAGAGAGCAAUAA